GCACAUCAUUGAAGUUCAUAAUGCUUCAUCCAUUUGUACUUGAUAAGUUUACAAUGACUACGACUCAUCAUUUUGCAGGAAGCCGCUCCAAGAAUCAACGUCUGUUAAGCCCAGUUUUCACCACCACUUACGGCACUCUAGACAGAGCCGUACAACUACAAGCGAAGGCGCAGAAGGAGGAGCUGAAGUACAGUGGCGGAGUGAAUCCUAAGCCACACAAAGGUCUGGCUUCUAAAGCCAUUGAUUUUUUGGAAACCGUGAUCGUUAAGUUCAUGUAUAAUAAUUCCUCGUUGCCUCUUUACUAUCUCUCCGGUAAUUUUGCUCCGGUUCCGUACGAAACUCCUCCCACCGCAAACCUUUACGUCAUCGGCCAUCUCCCUGAGUGCUUGAAUGGAGAGUUUGUUAGAGUCGGUCCCAACCCAAAGUUUGCUCCAGUGGCUGGAUAUCACUGGUUUGAUGGAGACGGCAUGGUUCAUGGAGUGCGCAUCAAGGACGGAAGGGCAACGUAUGUUUCCCGUUUUGUAAAGACAUCACGUCUUAAACAGGAAGAGUUCUUUGGGGGAGCUAAAUUUGGAAAGAUUGGAGACCUUAAGGGGGUGUUUGGAUUAUUUGUAGUUUUCAUUCACUUGCUGAGAGAGAAGUUGAAUGUAUUGGACUUGUCAUAUGGAUUUGGAGCAGGUAAUACAGCUCUUAUAUAUCACCAUGGAAAACUUCUAGCUCUAUCGGAGCUGGACAAACCUUAUGUCCUUAAAGUUUUUGAAGAUGGAGAUCUACAAACACUUGGCAUGCUGGAUUAUGAUAAAAGAUUAAAACAUCCCCUCACUGCUCAUCCAAAAAUUGACCCAUACACUGGUGAAAUGUUUACUUUUGGUUGCUCGCAAACUCCACCGUAUGUCACCUACAGAGUUAUUUCCAAGGAUGGUUUCAUGCAUGACCCAGUACCUAUAACUAUAUCAGAAUAUGUCAUGAUGCAUGACUUUGCUAUCACUGAGAAUUAUGCAAUUUUCAUGGAUCUGCCUAUGCGUUUCAGACCAAAGGAAAUGGUGAAAGAAAACAAGCUGAUACUAACAUUUGAUCCAACGAUUAAAGCUCGUUUUGGUGUACUUCCACGGUAUGCAAAGGAUGAGAGUCAAAUCAGAUGGUUUGAGCUUCCAAACUGCUUCAUAAUUCAUAAUGCUAAUGCUUGGGAGGAGGAGGAUGAAGUUGUUUUGAUCACUUGCCGCAUUGAGAAUCCUGAUUUAGACAUGCUCAACGGGCCUGUCAAAGAAAAGAAUGAAAAAGUCACAAUUGAGCUGUAUGAAAUGAGAUUCAAUAUGAAGACUGGUGCAGCUUCACAAAAGAAACUCUCAGCACCUUCCGUUGAUUUACCUAGGAUAAACGAGAGAUACUGUGGCAGGAAACAGAGAUAUGCUUACGGAGCCAUUCUAGACAAUAUUAUAAAGAUCACAGGGAUCAUCAAAUUUGAUCUGCGUGCUGAACCAGAGGCAGAAAAAGCAAAGCUGGAAGUUGGAGGAAAUGUUAAAGGAAUCUUUGAUCUGGGUCCUGGUAGAUUUGGUUCAGAGGCUGUGUUUGUCCCUCGAGAGCUGGGCAUCAGUUCUGAAGAAGAUGAUGGCUACUUAAUUUUCUUUGUACAUGAUGAGAAUACAGGAAAAUCAGCAGUGUAUGUAAUUGAUGCAAAAACAAUGUCAGCAGAUCCUGUAGCAAUUGUGGAAUUACCUCACAGAGUUCCAUAUGGGUUUCAUGGCAUCUUUGUGACAGAGGAACAACUUCAAGAGCUUGCCAAACUGUGAUGGAACAAUCACCAAUGACACGAAUGCUGAGAUUUUUGGAUCAUCGAACAAAGAUCUAAAAAGCCAAUUUCUUAUUAAUGUCUAAAUAUUUGUUUCUUUUUAAGUUUAUACAUCUUUAAGUGAGAAUAUCAAUUAUCAGUAGUAAACUGUAACGAUGAUUGACUGAGAGCAAUCAAGCUCAAAGUUUCCGAGUGUGCUUUAACUGAGACCAUCUU